GGGAUACUGACUAUGCCAUACCAUGCCACAUUGCGCCAUUGCUUUGCCGAUGUCGAUAUGCUGGGAAGCUGGAUGCUGAAGGAAGAGAAAGUUGGGUGAAAUACUUUAUCUCUAUUCGUAUGGAUGACGGACGAUGUGGCCGAAGACGACGGACGAGGGCCAAGAAUGGGGAGCAUCUCAGAACGUCCACCCCUUCCUCCAGAUCUGCAGUUUCCUUGUGUCCGGCUCACAGAUUGCAGAAAAUGUCAGCAUCGACAUGAGGCCGCAAAUGCCCGUGUUGGAAGCAAAUCACCCCGGAAGCCGUUGGAUGUCAGAAGGCCCAUGCCAACUCCCCGUCGCUCUGCCAAGCACUCAUGCCAGAGUCCGGUCAGUCAAGACAAAGCUGAAGAAGUCCAGCCCUGCCAGCAAAUCAUGGAUCUACUCGCACUUUUUACAAAACGAAUACAAGGAUUCUUUUCAACACUGAUGGGGUUCAACCAUCCCCACAUGGACAGGCUUGAGAUUGCUCUACAGCAGCAGGUGAGGUCACUUGCUGAAGGGCUGAUGGCGGUGAUGACAAAGCAACGUGUUUUUCUCUCAAUCCGAUCUGCAGCAAGGGAGAAGAAACUUUGGGAUCUUUUGCGGAAGCGCCACGCUUCUUUCUUUGAACGUGGCCAGCAGCUGAAGGGAUAUGUAUCGGCUGCAUCUGAGGAGGCCGCUAUGAAGCAAGCUGCUCUUGCUUCAUGUGUGCUAGCGCGUGGACGUGCUGAGAAGGUCGGAGCAUUUGCGGCAAAGCUUCGGCAGGAUGCAUGCCUCCAGGCAGCUGCGUCAGCUUGCUGGCAGGGAUGGCGUCGCUUUGCUAGGACAAGGGCGCAAACAAGGAAAGCCGUCCGCACGUGCAGACCACAAACUUCAGAUUUCAAGGCACUGAGUUUGCAAUCAUCUUUUCUGCAUUGGCAGAGGGCCCGCAGCACAUCAGACCGCAACGAAUUGAACAAGAUGAAAGCCAGAGCUGCAAAAUCCCAAAGCUCAGUGGAGCUUUGCAAGGUCAGAGUAUUUCUGGACAUGGUGCUGAGAAGAUCGACAGCUACAGAGCGGUCCUACAAUUCUGUAAAGUGCUUGAUGGUGUGGCAGCUUUUUGCUGCACAGUCAAGAUUGCGUCGCUUGCAAGAGGGGGCCCAAGAGCUAUCAGAAAGCCUUCGCAAGCAUUUUCGCCAGAAUGUUUUCAAGCUUUGGAAUCGUCGUGCCCAGAAAGCUGUCGCCAAGGUUGCGUUUGCCCAUUGGCUCACAGAGACAGCUUGUUCCGCAGUAAGAACCUGCAGCAGCGCCGCAGCCUGGAAAGCAGCAUCGUUUGGUGCAAGAAUUGUGGAGAGACGGCGGGAACUUGGAUUUGGACAUGUUUGCUUUGUCCGAUGGGCUGCAUUUUGCAAGAUCAGCAGCGAGCUUCCGAGACCUUCAGCAGAAGCCCGGAGUACCUACGCUCAAGAAGUCAGCGCUAGCCCCCAUGAAGCUGCAUACCGUGGUGGUGACUUCAACCUCCCGUUUCAUCCCUUCCGCUUUGCCAAUCCAGGUGCAAGUUCCCAUCAGAGUGCUUACAAUUUCAUGGGUCACCACGAGGAGACUCACGCCAUGCCUCUUCCUUCGCACUUUACAGUGGCCAGGCCUUGGUCAGCCACAGACCCGAGAAUGGCCAAGUGUGAAGUUCCUCAGGGCCAAGGUCGCUGGCUGGAUGCAGAGUUGGUCUCUUACGUCAACGAAUCAUCGCAGGAGGUGCCUGAGGCAAUGAAGCACUGGUCUCUCGCAAGCCAGGCCUCAAUGUCUGAAGAAGGCUAUUUGAAGCUUCUGGACUUUCACCGUGAACGGGCCCGUGAAAAGCGCCGAAUGGGAAUAGGAUGACAAGUCGCCGAAUGUUUGUUGAAACGCAUGUUAGCACGAACCCGCGUCAGAC